UCCUCGAGAUCCUCGAUGGUUCUCAGCUGUUUAGAUCUCUUGUUUGACACUUACUAUUUCAAUGUUGCUAAGUAUUUGUAACAGAAUUGUUUCUGUAUCGUUCUUUUCAUUGUGGAAAUAACGAAGCUUAGUCAUGGUACUGAACGAAGUAGACAAAUUUCUUAAUGAAUUAGAAAAAGCCGAAUUGGAGGCACCCGGUGGAAUUGCAACAGCGCAAACGUAUGCUCAAUUAUUAGCUGUAUACCUCUAUCAGAAUGAUCUAUGCAAUGCCAAAUACCUAUGGAAGCGGAUACCAUGCGAUCUCAAAGGCAGCAGUUCCGAACUCGCACAGAUCUGGGUGGUAGGGCAACGCAUGUGGCAAAGAGACUGGCCUGCAGUUCACGUUGCCCUUAAUACAGAAUGGAGCGAAGACGUUGCCGACAUUAUGGCUGCCUUAAAAGAUAACGUUCGAGAAAGAGCAAUCACAUUAAUAUCCAAGGCUUACUCAUCGUUGGAUUUAAUUGUGUUUGCAUCAAUGACUGGUUUAACGUUGGAAGAAGCACGUCGGGUUGCCAUCGAAAGAGGGUGGACAGUUGAUGGCACAAUGGUGCAGCCUUCGAAGAUCGAAAAAGAAGAGAGUAACCUCGCUAGUGAAGUCUGCCUUACGGAGGAUCAGUUGUACAAACUCACUCAAUUCGUGUCUUUCUUAGAGAACUGAACAAGCAACAGCGAGUCGUCAGUCAUGAAGCGCAUGCAAGACUUGAUCGACAGUACUUUAAAUUUAGUUUUACCUCGUAAUCAUAUUAUAUAAAGGAGGAAGUGUGCUUCAAAGGAGGCACCUGCGUCCCUUCCCUAAGUAUAUCUACCUACGCGUUCUGUCCAUUCAAUCGGAAGACUCAUUCGAUGAAGCUCGUUGCAAGCGUGGAGUCAACAACUCGAUUAAUCAAUAAACGGUUGCUGCGUGCAGGGGGAAACUGGCAUUUUCUAGAAGAACCAUCUUACUCGGGGAGAAAGAGAAGAAAAGAAUGAACGGACCCAGUUAUGAUUUUCUAUCUCAAUAUACAUACAUACGUUAGGAUCUACCAGUGUUCAUUUUAGUAUUAAAAUAUGCUGGAAUAAAUAAUACUUUCGUUGAAACUAAUAAACGUUACGAACCCCGUCAA